GCCGGAUCCCCUUACACUACGCUCUAGCUCCUCCCGCUGCCGCUUUUGGUACUGGGGACGUGGCCAAAGUCUGCAGAGGAAAAGAUCACGGCACCCCCUUGAGGCAAGGAAAUAAGAAAACUCCCUCUGAUCCGAGCAAAGCAGGUCCAACUUCAAUGGCAGAUCUGGUGGCCUUGGAGUGGCUGAAGACACCCACCCUCCACAGCGCUGCGCUCAGGCACACAGCCAUUUUUCCUUUCCCAGAGUGCUGUCAUCUCUCAAGUGGAAUCCUUGGCUCCUUUGAAGACUUCCUUUAAGGCUGCUCACUUCUAUAAGGAAGGAGAGGAGACUGGUUCAAAUCUCUGGAGGUUGGCGUGAAGAUCCACCUCUAGUGGCAGCUCUGGUGGUGUUGGAUUGCUGCUGACCACCACCGUCAACAGGUCUGCUCCUACCUGGGAACAUCCAUUGUCCCGCAGCUUGCUUGUACCUAUGCACUUUGUGGUAUUGACUGAGGCUAGGCUUUGGAAGGAGAUCGAUUGAUUGAUGGACUGGUGAUUGACUCUAACUCUUGUUUUCAACUAUAUCACCUGAACUGAAGAUCAUAGUGUGAAGAUAUAAAACCAUGAGAGAUCUGUGGUAGAGGCUGAGACAUGUAGGGGUACUUAACUGGGCCUCCUCUGUAACUUAUACCAUGACUGGGGCUGAGAUUGAACAUGCUGCUCAGGAGAAGCCUGAAAAGAAGGCUGAAGAAGAGAUUGGGGGUGGGGCUGAAAGAAAGAAUAAAGUCCCACUGGUGGUCAGACCCAAGGUUAGAACCCAGGCACAGGUAAUGCCUGGGGUAAGGCCUAAAUCUGAUGUCAUGGUAGUAAGUGGGGCAAAGCCCAAAGCAGAAACCAUGGCAGUAGGUGUGGUACAUACUAAGAAUGAGGCCAAGGUAAUCCCUGGGGUGAGGCCUACAGAUAAAACCCCUUCAUGGACCAUGACUGAAUAUGAUGGUGAGGAGAUGUUGAAGAGAGAGGGAGUGUCCCAAACCAAUUCCAUAGCCUGGCCACUGGUCAGUACUGAGUUUGAGUCAGUUGCUAAAACGAAGACCUUAUCUAUGGAUAAGGAACUGAUCAGUGUGGACACUGAUUCCUUUCCUGUCACCAAGGUCAAGUCCCAAUUAGGAAUACAGCCUUUGUUUGGAUCAGAGGAGAAGUCCAAUGUGGGAUCCUGGUGGUGCCCCACGCCUACAUUCAAACAAGAGAUCUCUCACAAUUGUGAUUUCAGAUGGGUGGACAGAUCUUGUCUGAAUUCCUGGUUCUGGAGUGGAGAAGAGGUCAGUACAAAGUUUCGUCCUAGAGACAGGGUAAAGGCCAAUGCCAGAUCCAGGCACAAGGCCAAAGAAGAGGACAUGUCUAGGCCCAAUACCAACUGGGAGUUUUAUGUGUCUAGUGCCGGCUCUGAGGAUGAAUCUAUUAAGACAUCCUGGCUCUGGGCCAGAGAAAAGACUAAUAUCUGGUCCAUGCCCAAGGAAGAGACCAAUAACAGGUCCAGGUUUAGGUCCAAGAAAGAAGUCUUUGAGUCCAUUUCUGGAUCUGAAUGUGAGGACAAUGUGAAUUCCUGGCUCUGGGCUAGGGAGGAGGGCAAAUGCAGGUCUAAACCCAGAGUCAGGAAAGGGGCCAAUGUCAGGGCCAGGCACAGGACCAAGCAAGAAGCUUCCAUUGAUUUUGUAUCUGGAUCUUUAGAUGUAGUCCAAAAAGAGUCCUGGUUCUGGCCUGGAGAAAAGGCUAAUAACUUGUCAAGGCCCAAGUUCAAGAAAGAGGCCAAGGCCAGAAUAAUGGCAAAGGAAAAGGUCAAAAAUAAGGCCAGAGCCAGGGCCAAGCCAGAAACCAGGUCCAAAGAGGAGUUCCUCAUUGGGACCUGGUUCUGGGCUGCAGAAGAAUCCAGCAUAGUAGGUGGGGCCAGUGUCAAGUACAGCUCUCAAGUGGAGGAUGAUUCCAUUUUUGGCAGUUGGUUCUGUACUGAAGAAGAGGCCAGUAUAGAGACUGAUGCUAGCAGUAAAUCCAGACCAAGCACUGAGGAGGAAUCUACUGGCAAUUUCAUCCUUGGGUCUGGGGAAAAGGCCAGUAUGGAAACUGGGGCUGAGGCCACCUCCAAAUCUAUGCUAGAAGAUUAUAAAGAAAACGUCAUUGUUGGUUCCUGCUUCUGGAUUAGUGAAGAGACCAACCUAGAGGCUGAGGAAGAGACAAUUUUUGGGUCUUGGUUUUGGGUCAGUGAUGGGUCCAGUAUGGAAGUUGAUAUUAGAGCCAGCUGUGCAUCCAGGCUAAGGUCUGAGGAAGAAGGGAUCAUUGGUCCCUGGUUCUGGGAUGGAAAAGAGGUUGAUACAGAGGCUGAGUUUGGAGAAGCCAGGCCAGGAGAUGAAGAAGAGUCAAUAUUUGGGUCCUGGUUUUGGGCUGGAAACCAGGCCAAGAUGGAUUGUGGGGCUAAAGUCAGUUGUGAUACCAUGCCAGGGGCUGAGGAGGAACCCAUUAUUGGGUCAUGGUUCUGGAAUGGAAUAGAAGCUUGUGUGGGGACUGAGGUCAGCAACAAGUCUACCCUGAAGGACAAGGAGGAGGUUAUCAUAUCAUCUUGGUUUGGGAACACAGAAGAGGUCAGUAUAAAGUAUGGAACUGAUACCAGAUGCAAAUUUAUGGCAGAGGCUAAAGAGAUCAAUAAUGAGUCUUGCUUCUGGGAUGAAGAAGACCCCUGCAUAUAUACUGCCAAUGGAAGCAGGUGGAAGUCUAGGCCAGAGGAGGAACAGGACACUGUUAAUUCAUCGUUCUGGUCCAGGAAACACACAAGGCCAGAGACCAUUAUAGGGCCCUGGUUACAAGCUACAGAAGAGGUCAGUACAGAUGAUGGGACUGGAGAAGAGACCAACCCACUGAUCGAGGAGGAGACCAUGAUCACAUCCUGGUUCUGGAAAGGAGAUGAAACCAUUAGAGUGGCUACAGACAAAGAAUCCAGGCCAGAUGCUGAGGAGGAGGACAUUAUUGGUUCUUGGUUCUGGGCUGGAGAGGAGGACAGGCUCAAGACAGCAGCUGAAGCUAGAGAAGAGGACAGGCUGGCAGCUGAGGAGGAAGCUAUUGUUGGGUCUUGGUUCUGGGCCAGGAAAGAGAUCAUUAGGAAAGAGGCUGGCUUUUGCAACAAAUGCAGUCCAGAGGCUAAAGAGGAGGAAGCCAUUGUUGGGUCCUCGUUCUGGGCUGAAAAAGAGGCCAGUAUGGAGGCAGGAGCCAGUUUCGAGUCCAUGCCAGUGACUGAGGAAGAGGAAAUCACUUCCUCAGUCCUGGUUGGGUCCUGGUUUGGGGCUGAAAAAGACAACAGUAUAGAGGUUGGGCCUCAGGCAAUAGAAGAGAGCAGGUCAAGGACUGAAGAAGAAAUCAUUUUUGGGUCCUGGUCCUGUGCUGCAAAAGAAGUCAGUGUAGAAGCAGAGACAUUCUGUGCAUUCAAUCCAGAGGAUGAUGAGAUAAUUGUUGAGUCCUGGUUCUGGUCUGAAGAGAAGGCUAUUAACGAGACUGGAACUGUUGUAACUUGUAAGACCAGGCCAGACAAUGAGGAAAAGGCCGUUUUGGGGUCCUGGUUUGGAGCUAAAGAUGAGGCCAAUAACAGGACUGACAAUGGGACCAACUGUGAGACCAGGACAGUAGAUGAGGAGGAUGAUCCCAUAGUGGGAUCCUGGUUCUGGGCAGGAGAUGAGGCCCAUUUUGAAUCAAACCGUAACCCUGUGUUCAGGGCCAUUUGCAGGUCUAGGUGUUCAUUUGAGCAGGAACCUGAUGCUUCACACAGGCCCCAGAGCUGGGAAGAGGUCACUGUUCAGUUCAAGCCUGGUCCAUGGGGUAGGGUUGGCUUCCCAUCUCCAAUACCCUUUAGAUUUCCAAAAGAAGCAGCAUCUAUGUUCUUUGAAAUGUUUGGAGGAAAGCCAAAGCACAUGGAGCUUAACCCAGAAGGGGAAGAGCAGGAAUCUUUGCUUCAGCCUGAUCAGCCUGAUCCUGAGUUCCCAUUUCAAUAUGAUCCAUCCUACAGGUCAGUCAGGGAAAUUCGGGAACAUCUUAGGGCCAGAGAGAGUGCAGAACCUGAGAGUUGGUCCUGCAGCUGCAUACAGUGUGAGCUUAAUAUUGGUUCUGAAGAGUUUGAAGAACUCCUUUUAUUAAUGGACAAAAUCCGAGAUCCUUUUAUUCAUGAAAUAUCUAAAAUCGCAAUGGGUAUGAGAAGUGCUUCUCAAUUUACCCGAGAUUUCAUUCGGGAUUCAGGUGUUGUCUCACCUAUUGAAACCUUGCUCAAUUAUUCCUCCUCCCGAGUUAGGACAAGUUUUUUGGAAAACAUGAUUCGCUUGGCUCCACCAUAUCCAAAUCUAAACAUGAUUCAGACAUAUGUAUGUCAAAUGUGUGAAGAAACCCUUUCUUAUAGCUUAGAUUCCCCUGAGCAAAUUUCUGGAAUAAGGAUGCUUACACACCUCACUACAACUACUGACUAUCACACACUGGUUGCCAAGUAUAUGUCAGGAUUUCUCUCCUUACUAGCCAUGGGCAAUACCAGAACAAGGUUUCAUGUUCUGAAAAUAAUACUGAAUUUGUCUGAAAAUCCUGUCAUGACAAAAGAACUACUCAGUGCUGAAGCAAUGUCAGAAUUUAUGGGCCUUUUUAACAGGAAAGAGACAAAUGACAAUACUCAAGUUGUUCUAGCAAUGUUUGAGAAUAUUGGUAACAAUAUCAAAAAGGAGAUGGUGUUGUUCACUGAUGAUGAUUUCAGUCUUGAGCCACUUAUUUCUGCAUUCCAUGAAGUUGAGGAGUUUGCUAAGGAACUGCAAAGCAAAACAAAUGAUCAAUAUGACCCUGAAGCAGGCCAGUAAAAUUAGUAUGAUUAAUCACUUGCCUUUGUCCUAAUGUUCCUGAGUUAACAAUUCCUUGAAUAAUGUUUUGGUUUGCAUGGUCGGUUGUGUUGUAAUGUACAUCUUUAUUGCUAGCACUGACUUUGCCCAACUCUGUAUGAGCAGAAUCAUUCUUCUGAUGCCAAAUGAAUAUUAGAACUGACAGAACAUUUGUUGAUAUUUGUGUUUUUGUCUAAAUUGUGACACUUAGUAUUUCGGCUAGAGUGAACUGAGCCAUCAUAAGUAAGCCAGCUACCCUUCUGAUUGUUGUUCUAGUGUGUUGAUGUCUAUUUGAGUCUUGUGUUUUCAAUAAAGUUCUGUUUUAAAGUU